AAUAAAAAAGAAAUUUCGUGCUACGAAAAUGCUGCUGUCAGUAAGCGGUUCAAGAGCAUGUCACCCCAAAACGAAGGCAUUUGACAUUUCUGCGUAUACCACUGUCAUCGAGUUUAUUUACAAUUGACAACCGGCGACUAAAGUAAAUGAAUAAACAAAAGUGCAAUAGAAAAUAAAAAAUUCAAGAAAAUGGACACAGAAAAUUCACCGAAUCCAGCAAAGUUGAUGUGCAGAGUUUGUGAUGGGGUUGGCCAUAAUGACUUGCGGGAAAUACAAUUCCAGUGCAACGGUAGAGAUGUUGUACUAAUUGAUGCGUUCAACGAGUUUUCAAGUCUAAAAAAAUCUGCGAAGAUUUAUUUGUGUGAACCAUGUACAGAAUCGUUGAAAAAAGCCUUUUCAUUCUGGGAACAAGUGAAGCAAUCCGAUGGAAAAUUUACGAAAAAAAUCAGUAAAGAAAGGCACACCACAAAAUAAAUCUGAAGCUAAAGUCAAGCCAGAAGUAAAACCGACUCGGAUCCAAAACCUAGUGAAUUGCCCGAUAUAAAUGAGACACAAAUUGGAGUAAACAUGUCGCUAUCACCUGUUAUCGCAAAUACUGAACAAGUUGAGAAUGAUGAAACCCAGAAUAACGACGUUGUACAAAUUGGAUACGGAGACUUCGAUUAUGGAAUUGAAAUGAGAACUGAGGAAAAUCCUUUGGUGAUGAACGAAUCGGAAGAGAAAGGAGCAGAACGUAUUGAAAACCAAAGCUGAAGAGAGUCAAUCAAUGGAAUUGGCGGACAUUGUCUUCGGCCAACCGGAAUCAUCCAGUACUCCAGUGGUGGAGCCAUGGUCACGAGUCAAAUAAAGGAAUGAAAGCAAAAAAAUCGUCUUCAAAUGAUCACAGCAUGAUUGAAACUGACAGUUGCGCCGUACUGUGGGAAAAGAUAGAAAAUAAAAUGUAUUCUCUUUUUGAACACAAGCGAAUUAAAUAUAAGGGGGACGACACAUCUGCCGCAUACUGUUUUUCGAUUAAAUGCGGAGGACAAAUUCAAUUCGAAGCCAUUUCGCCAACUGUGUUUACAAAGAAUUCCGACGAGGAUAAUUUGAUUGAAGAAGAAAGACGAAAAGAUGAACGUGUCACAUGGGAUGGUUACACAUCAUCAGUCAAAGGUGCAACGCGUGCAUCGCGAGCCAAAAAUACACUGGAAAAUCAAAUUCAUCAAAUCCACAAAGUCAAGGGAUUGUUGCCAGAUGGGGAAAAGGAAAAAAUCGGAUCAAAACCAGUUGCUGAAGCACCGAACACAAGCAAAUUGCCAACAAGUGUUUCGGCUGUCCCAAUGCCGGCUCAACCGCAGCAACCAGUACAGCCACAAGUUGAACCGGCAAUGCCAAUUCCACCUCCAAUGAUGAUGCCACCGAUGAGACUACCAAUGAUGCCAUCGUUUUCUGGAUAUCAACAGACCAUUCCUCCGCUUGUUUCAGGUGGUCAUCUCCCUGCCAAUUUCCAACAAUCAACGCUACCACCUGUGGAAAAUAAUGCAAUGAACUUCAUGAUGAAGCCGUCUGUUCCAGCUCAUGAUGAGCCACCAAAUAAGAAGCAACGCUCCGAAGAUAAUUCAAUACCUGAGACCGAAUUCAUAGCCACACACAAGGGCGCUGUUUCACUACAAGUUCAAGCACCAAGUGGUGAUAAGCCAGGAGGCAUCUAAACGGACAAACCAUACCGAUUACCCUAUCGCUUAAUGAUACGAUUUCAACAUUGAAAUCAAAGAUUCAAGAAGAGACCAGUUUACUACCGGCCAAACAGAGGGAAUGUUCUUCAA